UAAAUUCUACUCUCUGUCUCUCAUUCUCAUUCCUCUCAAUCUUUCAAUUCUCAAAUCCUUGGCUCCCACCCAAACCAAAUAUAAAACACCCGCGAACUCUCCAUUCUUUCCCUCUUCUCUCCUAUUUUUCUCUUCUCAAUUUUCCAGCUUGAAGAUUCGCAGUCCAAUCUCGUCGCCGGUACACUUCUCCGUGCAUAUUGGUGAUUUUGGUUUGGUAGAAUGGGACCUGUUAAGGAAGAGCCGUCGUCAUGCAAUGCUUUGCAAGUUAUUGACUUAGUUUCUGCAGUAAAGGAGUUACACGGGCUUAGCUCUCAGGAACUGGGUAAAUUAUUGAAGGACUCUGAUAAUUUUACUAUACAGUAUGUUACUGAAAAGGAAUCACUCCUGAAGAUUGACGUUGAAAAGCUUGCCAGUUUUCUCCCUCUGCACCUUAUUGCAGUGCUUAUGUCAUCUGAACAAGAUGAAGCCCUAUUCAGAUACUUAUUAUGUGGCAUUAGGCUCUUGCACUCCUUGUGCGACCUAGCACCUAGAAAUCCCAAACUUGAACAGAUUUUGCUCGAUGAUGUAAAAGUGUCAGAACAGCUGCUUGACCUGGUGUUCUAUAUCCUCAUUGUUUUUAGUGGUUAUGAACAGAAAAGUAAUAAUUUUGGUAUGGCACCGCUGAUGCAUUCUGCACUAGUGGCGUGCACUUUACAUCUACUUACUGGAUGCAUAUCUUCACAGUGGCAAGAUCUUGUUCAAGUAUUGCUCGCACAUCCUAAGGUUGACAUAUUUAUGGAGGCAGCUUUUGGAGCAGUUUACACUUCCAUUAAGUUUCUCAACCUCAUGCUUUCAUCUGAACAUGAGCAAAUAGUUCACUCUCUCUGCCAGCAAUGUGAGGCCUCUUUACAGUUUCUCCAAUUGCUGUGCCAGCAAAAAUUGUUUCGGGAACGACUACUCAGGAAUAAGGAACUAUGUGGAAAAGGUGGUGUUCUGGUUCUGGCUCAAUGCAUAUUGAAGCUGAACAUUGCACCUCAUUUAGCAUCUGCUAGAAUUGUGGCUGCCGUAUCUAGACUGAAAGCAAAAAUGCUCUCAAUUCUGUUGAAUCUCUGUGAAGCAGAAAGCAUAUCUUACCUGGACGAAGUUGCCAGCUCCCCAGGAAGCCUGGAUUUGGCAAAGUCUGUUGCAUUGGAGAUUAUUGAUUUAUUGAAGUGUGCUCUGGGUAAAGAUCCCAAAUGUUUAGCUGCUCGUUCUGAUGGAAGUUACCCUAUGGGGCUCGCCCAACUCAAUGCCAUGCGCCUAGCUGAUAUCUUAUCUGAUGAUUCAAACUUUCGAUCUUACAUUACAAUACACUUUACUCAAGUGCUGACUGCAAUAUUUUCGCUCCCUCAUGGAGAUUUUUUAUCCAGUUGGUGUUCUUCUGUACUCCCUGUAAAGGAAGAAGAUGGUUCUAUUGAGUAUGAUUCAUUUGCAACAGUUGGAUGGGUUUUGGAUGUAGUUUCAUCUACUUACCUGCAUAAUGCACGAAGUUUAGAAUUUUCUGUAACUCGCAAUAGUAUGACCCAGGCAUCUUAUGUGCAUCAGAGGACAUCAUUAUUUGUGAAAAUAAUUGCAAACCUCCAUUGUUUUGUUCCCACUAUCUGUGAAGAACAGGAGAGGAACCUUUUUGUUAACAAGUUUAUGGAGUGCUUGCAAAUGGAUCCAUCCAACUCAUUGCCUGGAAUUUCGUUUGCUUCUGAUACUCUGAAAGCUGCAACUAUCAGCAGAAAUCUUUAUUCGUUGCUAAGUCAUGCGGAAUCACUAAUUCCAAACUUUUUGAAUGAGGAGGAUGUACAGCUCCUGAGGGUUUUCUCUAAGCAAUUUGAAUCACUACUCUCUCCAAUGGAGGAGAAGAAGAGCGAGGAGUUGAAAUAUUGGGAUAAAUUCGCUAAACUCAAUAUCAGCGAACAUCAUCAGGAGGCUCAGAGUACUGGUGGAUGCUCACCACUACCUUCAAUAAGACAACUACCUCCUAGUCUUAGUAGCAGAAGUGGUAACCUGGAGGAAAUAAUGUCUGAGAAUUCUGCUUUUCAAGAUGUAGACCAAGUUGAUGUGAACAGUGAGCAUAUGGAUCGGGAUGAUGAUGCAGUGAAGGAAGAGAAAGGUACAUCUGGACGAUUUACAGCAAUCGACAGAGAUGUUCAUAAUGUUGAGACAAGUGGUUCAGACACAAGUGAAACAAGAGGGAAAAAUGCUGUUGAUCGAAUGGAAAACAAUGAAUUUCCAAAGUCAAGUGAACCAAUUGAAGACAGUGGGUAUGGAGGAACUCGAGAGGAUGAAAAGAGUGAACCUCUUCAGUAUGAAGAAACACAGAGAAGAAAACGGAAACGAACAAUAAUGAAUGAUGAACAAGUGGCGCUUGUGGAGAGAGCCCUAUUAGAUGAACCUGAUAUGCAGCGCAAUGCAGCGUCGCUACAAUCAUGGGCUGAUAGAUUAAGUUAUCAUGGUUCCGAUGUUACAUCUUCACAGCUAAAAAACUGGCUAAAUAAUCGAAAAGCCAGGCUGGCCCGUACAAAGGAUGUCCGUGCAGCACCAGAGGUCACUACACUACCAGAUAAGCAAGGUGUGCAAGGACUGAGGUCCAACAACUCAGCCGAGAGUCCUAUUGGAAAUGCUACUGCGCAAACAAAUGCGAGGAGUGAUCCUCAAAUGAAAUCGAAUAGUGUAGUCCAGAUCUCUGGGACUAAAGCAGCUUCUGCACAAGCAAAUGUGAGGAGUGAUCCUCAAAUGAAAUCGAAUAGUAGUGUAGUCCAGAUCUCUGGGACUAAAGCAGCUUCUGCACAAGCAAAUGUGAGGAGUGAUCCUCAAAUGAAAUCGAAUAGUAGUGUUGUCCAGAUCUCUGGGACUAAAGCAGCAGAAGCUAUUCCACAUGGUCCUUCAAACUUUGUUCCAUGCAAGCAAGGUGACCACGUUUUGCUUAAAUAUAAUAACGGAGAGGAGGUUGGCCUUGGAAAGGUGUUUCAGGCUGGUGGCCAAUGGUUUGGGAGGAACUUGGAGGAGUUGAGGGCAUACGUUGUGGAUAUUAAAGAGCUUAAAGUCAGACGAGCAAUGAAGCUUCCAUACCCUUCUAUGGCCACAGGAGGUUCAUUUGAGGAGGCUGAAACAAAGAUUGGCUUGAUGAGAGUGUUAUGGGAUUCAAGCAAGACUUUCAAAUUGCCUCCUCUAAGGUUAAGCUAAAUGCCCUUGUAGAAGUCCUUUUGUCCCCUUUAGAAAUGGGACGAUGACAUUAACGAUGCUCCUGAUGAUCAAAAUGUGUAGAUGGAUCUCUUAGGAUGCAGAGUUCAUUCCCUGUUAUUUACAUUGAUUCUAGCUUGUUGGGAGGGACGUCCUCUUUCCUGCGUUUGUACCUUAAAUUUCUAUUGAAUGAAGAGGCUUGGCCUUUGUUAGCAUUCCCCAAUUAGGAAUUGGUUAUCUGAAAUUUCUGUUUUGUUAGUUGCCUCAAUCAGUUCAGAGAAAAUAAGUACAAAUAAAGGAGGUUCUCACC